UGCCUCCGCCCUCCCGCGGCUCGCACAACUUUUGCGGCUGAGAGCGCGCUCGCACCCCGCUCUGCUCGCCGCCGCCCUCGGCCCGGCGCCCGGCAUGUGAGCGCGGGCGGCCGCCGCCACCAUGGCCACGCCGCGCGCCCCGCGGUGGCCGCCACCGUCGCUGCUGCCACUGCUGCUGCUACCGCUGCUGCUGCUGCCGCCCGCUGCCCCUAGGGCGCGGGGCUCCCUUCCCUCCCCGGCCCAUCGUACACUCCUCCCGGUCGCGGGACCGCUUUUGCCGCCUGGAGCCGGACACACGGCCCCCUGGCCCGGCGUCGCGACCCGGCGGGGACGUUCUGGCCGCGUCCCUAGAGGCGUGAGCAUGGCCUUGGAGAGCCUUCCUGAGUCAACCAGCAGUUCCAGGUCACAAAGAAGAAUCACCUCGUCUCACACAGAGAGUGGGACAUCCCCAGGCUUCCUGGAGAGGACGAGGGAGCUCCCAGAAGGAGGGACUAUGCACAUGCAAGUGGCUGGCACCUUGGUUUCCCACAAAGCCUCCCUCCCUGCUGUGGAACCUGGGGAGCCAACUGUGCUCUCCCAGGAGAGAAAUUCACCAUUCUCCUGGACUCAGAGUCACCCUCCUCCCUCAGACCACCCAUCGUCUUCUGGAAGUAUAAAGAAUGGUAAUAAUUUCACCGCUCUCCAAAACCCAUCAGUCACCCAGACAAAGAGCAUGCUUAUCACUGACACAUACACUAACGGCGUCCCAAGAACGCUGAGGUCUCUGCCGGUCAGUGUGGACCCUGCACAUGAGACAGAGGGCUUCCCUGAGCACUCCAGACUCGGUAUAACUUCAGUGGCAGUCCACUCUUCACCCUCUGUAAAGGACUCAAGGACAAACAGCGGACUGACUGAGCGUCUGGGAGACGGAGGAGGCGCUGAGCUGUCCACAGAAAAUGGAUAUGGACUUCCAUCUAUACACUGGCAGAGUGACGCCCCCUCCUUCAGAAGACAUGAGCUUGCCAGCAGCUCAGAAGCGGGCAAUGGAAGUGCCAAGCCUCUGACUGUGACUGAGUUUAGAUCAGACCCCUCCAUUGGUGGGGGAGAGAGCACAGGACGGUGGAUCCUCACCAAGAAUAAAACAUCUACAGAUGCGGCAGAAAGCUCAGCUUUGCAUCCAGAAGCCGGGGGCACUGGGAGCCUGACUCAGUCCUCACAUGCUGCACAACAGCCCCGAGGUGGCGGCGGAGGCGGUGACUCAGGGAUGGGUGGGAGGAGUUACGCGGAGUCUUCAUCUUCUUCAUCUACAUCUUCUUCCGAAAGUCUGGAUUCCUUGGCACCUCUCAGAGAGCAUUCAACUCCGGAAGAUGGUGCAAUGCAGAGUGACAGCUCCGAUCUGGCAGACAGCACUUCGGGGGCUCGCACACCUCACACGUCUGCCAUGUCCACCCGGAGCGGGGAGCGCACACUGCGGUCCCUUGACCUCUCGAGUGCAGCGACCCGCCCUGCGCGCCCCACUCCACGCGGGAACGUGACAGAGCACUCUGGCCUGCUGUCCGGGGCACCAACUCUCGGAGUCACCGGACUUAGCUACACUCAAGAGCAUGGCUCAGACGCUGGACAGAGGACUUCCAGUGACCACACAGACCACGCCUAUGUUCCGUCUACUUUCACCAAAGGAGAACGGACGCUACUGUCCAUUACAGAUAACACCUCCUACUCAGAGGCCGGCGAGAGCUCAACCUCUUCCAUUAAGAUCUCAGACUCUCCUUCUCAGGCUCAGCCUAAGCCAAGUAGCAUGUCCUCCUACGAUGACGCGCCUGCUCAGUCUUCCACAGAGUCACCGGUUCUGCAUACAUCCAACCUUCCAACCUACACGUCCACGGUCAAUAUGCCAAACAUGGUUCUUGAUACCAGUACCAAACCUGGUGAGGACCCACCUGAUUCAGGGGUGUCUUCUGCUCUACCCUCACUGUCACAACCCCAGCCAUUCUCAUCAGCCUUGCCAUCAACCGGGUCUCCUGGGUCUACCUCUGAGACAGCCACAUCCUCACCGUCACCUUCACCGGUCUCCUUACUGGUGUCAACUCUUGCCCCAUAUUCUGUCUCACAAACAACCUUCCCACAUCCAUCUUCUACUCUAGUCCCUCACAGGCCAAGGGAGCCGCGUGUGACUUCAGUCCAAAUGUCGAUAUCAGCCGUUGCAUUGAUCCCCAGCAAUCAAACAGCAAACCCCAAGAACCAGAGCACCCCACAAGAAGAGAAAGCCAUCCCAGAAGCUAAGUCACCAAGCUUGGUGUCUCCGCCCACAGACUCUACCAGAGUAGUAACAGUGAGCCUUCCUCCAGGGACCCCUUGGUCCCCAGCCUUAACAGGGUUCUCCACGGAGCCAGCCUUUCCAGCCACGAGCACCAGCUUAGCCCAGAUGUCUCCAGCUUUGACAUCUGCCAUGCCCCAGACGACUCACUCUCCUGUGACCAGUCCCAGUACUCUGUCACAUGUAGAAGCUUUGACCCCAGAUGCUGUACUUGUACACACUACCCCGGAGAAACCGUACCUCCCAACCAAUCCUGAAAUUCUAGCACCACACAUCUCAACUGAGGGGGCCAUCACCACAGAAGGGAACCAGGAGCAUACGGAGCCUACCACUCAGCCGAUCCCUCUGACCACUUCAACCACAUCAGCAGAAGAAAUGACCACAGAGCUUGACUGGGCGGAAGAGUCCAGUCCAUCACAUUUUCUUACACCAUCUUCACCUCAAACCACAGAUGUUUCUACAGCUGAAAUGUUGACUUCCAGAGAUACCACCUUUGCUGCUCAGAGCACCCCACAGUCACCAAUAGCCUUGUCGCCUCUAACCCCAGUCAACAGCUGUACCGUGAACCCUUGUCUUCAUGAUGGCAAAUGCAUUGUGGACCUCACUGGCCAUGGGUAUCGAUGUGUGUGCCCGCCUGCCUGGCAGGGCGAGAACUGCAGUGUGGAUGUGAAUGAAUGUCUCUCCAGCCCCUGUCCCCCCCUAGCCACGUGCAACAAUACUCAGGGAUUCUUCACCUGCAGAUGCCCAGUCGGGUAUCAGUUGGAGAAAGGAAUAUGCAAUCUGGUUAGAACCUUCGUGACCCAGUUUAAGUUAAAGAAGACUUUUCUCAAUACUACUGCAGAAAACCAUUCCAACACUCAUGAGCUUGAAGACGAGAUUGCUCGAACACUAAACGUGUGUUUUUCAACAUUGCCCGGUUAUAUCCGAACUACAGUCCGUGUGUCUAGGGAGCCCAGUACAGUGGUCAUCUCACUGCAAACCACCUUUGCCCUGGCCUCCAAUGUGACACUGUUUGACCUGGCAGACAGGAUCCAGAAAUAUGUCAACUCCUGCAGGUCCUCUGCUGAAGUCUGCCAGCUCUUGGGGUCUCAGAGGCGGGUCUUUCGAGCGGGCAGCUUGUGUAAGCGGAAAAGUCCAGAAUGUGACAAAGAAACCUCCAUCUGCACCGACCUGGAUGGCGUCGCGCUCUGUCAGUGCAAGUCUGGCUACUUUCAGUUCAACAAGAUGGAUCACUCUUGCCGAGCAUGUGAAGAUGGAUAUAGGCUUGAAAAUGAAACCUGUAUGAGUUGCCCAUUUGGCCUCGGUGGUCUCAACUGUGGAAACCCCUAUCAGCUCAUCACCGUGGUGAUCGCAGCGGCAGGAGGUGGCCUCCUGCUCAUCCUGGGCGUGGCACUCAUUGUUACCUGUUGCAGAAAGAGUAAAAAUGACAUAAGUAAACUCAUCUUCAAAAGUGGGGACUUCCAAAUGUCCCCAUACGCCGAGUACCCCAAGAAUCCUCGCUCGCAAGAGUGGGGUCGAGAAGCCAUUGAAAUGCACGAGAACGGAAGCACCAAAAACCUCCUGCAGAUGACAGACGUGUACUACUCGCCCACAAACGUAAGGAACCCUGAACUUGAACGCAACGGACUGUACCCAGCCUACACUGGACUGCCCGGAUCGAGACACUCUUGCAUCUUCCCGGGACAGUAUAACCCAUCUUUCAUCAGCGACGAGAGCAGGAGGAGAGACUACUUCUGAGUCCAGGAGAAAGAGGGGCCCCGUUUCUCUGAGCCACUUCCCCCGGACAUCUGGCUCAAAGGACUACACCCGGAAGGGAGCACCGUGCACUAGCUGCUCCUGGGACUAGGCAGAGCCACGCUUGAGGGCAGUGGCCACGGUGGAAGGGAAACACGGAGGGGGAACUGCAGGCCACUCGUUCAGCACUGUUGUUACUGUGAACACGGUUGUGGGCCCGUACCGAGUCUCUGAAUACCUGGCACGUAGAACAGGAUGCCUUCCAUAACAGACCACUAGGCUCCAUUUCCAGGACCCGGUUUCCCCUUAAUUUGCACUUUAAUAGAUUGGGCAGGGAUGCUUCAUUGUGGACCGGGGUUUCCAGACUAUUCCAGAAAGCCUUUCUUUCCGAGGACACUUCCACAGGCCUCAGUUUGGCGACUGGUUGGCAGCCAGGUGCUGGCACUUUUGUUUUCCUGCCUGGUACCUUGUUGGAGGUAAAUGGACCACUGUGACGUAGAGGCCUAGCGGGCGCUGCAGUCAGGUGCAUAGUAUUUUAAGGUUUCUAGGUUGUCUGUGCUCAUUUCCAAGCCAAUGCCAUGAGACCUUGACAUUUGCAAGGCUCAGCACAAAGCUUUUUAAAGUCAAGGUGACACAUUUGCUUACAAUGUAUUAGUUUAACUUUCCCAAGCAAGUAUGAAUGGGGCAAAACAGCAUUUCUUUGAAUUUCAUUAGAAGCAUUGUGGUGUCCCUUAGUAUGUCCCAGCAGGGCAAUAUCAGUCAGGUCCUACAUGUGGUGAGGUGUUUUUGACCCACGGGGGAAUUGCAUGGGGCCUGGGGCUCUAACCAUCAACGUAGAGGCAGAGUCUGCAGGGUGUAGUUGAAGGAGAGGCAGUUGCAGGUGUGUCUGAGCUGGUGUCCCACCCCCGGGAGGGAAAGCAGUCUGCUGUAGACCCCACAAUUGGGCAGAGAAAUGAACUGAGUAACCUGAUACAUUCCCGAACCCCAGUGCAGAAGUUGGGGGCUCCCCUAAGAAGAAUGGGGAGCUAGGAGGAAGCCACCGGCAAGGAUGCAUGCCUGCCCGUCUUCCAACCCAUAAUGUUGUCCGCCAACUCAACAGAAACUUUUAACCACUUAAAGCUAUUUAUUCACUGAGGAGAGAACUUAUUUACUCUCACCCAGCCAUUGAUGCGUGUGUGUUCUUGUGCAGUGUCCCCUCAAGACUCCGCUAUGACCCGAGUCAACUUUGGAGAACUAAAGGCGGGCCAGCUAAGGGUCUGAGGGCUUGCUUUGGGGGAAGUUCUGUGUUUUGCUUAUUGUAUUGUGGGAUCCUGGGCGGUGGAAGGACUGUGUGGUGUUCGGUCCCCUGUGGAACUAUCAGCUUGUGAGAUGUCCUGGUCUUGGAUGAGGUGAAGAGGUCAAAGCAUUUUCCCCACCUAGAUGAUAGGGACUCCACAGCAUAUAUUUCUGGAAAUGGGACAGCUGUUAGAAAUGGUUCUGUAGGUGAUUAUUUGAUGUUCUCUGAUUCCUCUAAAAUUUAUGAAGGUCCCCAUCCUCUUUUAAGUGUGCCCUGUGUCCCAUGAUCUGGUGACAUGUGUCACCGAUGGACUGUCACCACUCACUCUUACCUUCUGCAGCAGAACCGUCUAGUCAGGCGCAGAGGAUUUUAACCAUGCGACAUUCGUUAGUAGAGAGGAGUCUGCUGCUCUUGGUUGAUGCUAACUUAAAGUCGCAAAGCAUUGCCAUCUAGAAGCCAUGGUUCCUGUUUGUGUCUCUGUGUGGAACCAUGGUUCCUUGUGUCAUUGUGAGCCCCUGUGCUCUGCUUGCCUGAGCCCCAGAUCCCUUUCGAGGAAACCAGGUUCUAGCCCUUCUGGCAGUAUUCCUGCUUGUCCCAGGCCUCAUUGCUAUGGGAAGAGCCAGUGUGAUCGCUGUUCCCAGACACAUCUAAUGCCUUCAGCUGGCAACACAGCUGGUGAACACCUGUAUAGGGGGCAGACUCCCAGGUGGUGAGCACCUAUGUAGGGGGCAGACUCGCAGGUGGUGAGCACUUGUAUAGGGGCAGACUACCAGCUGGUGAGCACCUGUGUAGGGGCAGACUCCCAGGUGGUUAAUACCUGUGUAGGGGGCAGACUCCCAGCUGGUGAGCACCUGUGUAGGGGCAGACUCCCAGCUGGUGAGCACCUGUGUAGGGGCAGACUCCCAGGUGGUGAACACCUGUGUAGGGGGCAGACUCCCAGCUGGUGAGCACCUGUGUAGGGAUUAGACUCCCAGCUGGUGAGCACCUGUACAGGGCCAGGAGCCUCAAGCCCCACAGAAUGUUCCUGGGAAGAAUUCCAACAUCCAGAAAAGUGUCCUGUGAGUUCCAAAAUUGUUUGCUGACUCAUGAGUUUGGCCCAAAUAGAGCAGAGUGAAAGUUUUUGUUUUGUUCUUUUUUUUUUUUUUUUUUUU